GACCUAGAUCAGCACAACCACUUGGUACAUAGUACCUGUAGAUCAUCGUAUAUCGCCAUGUCAUGCUCGAACAUUCCCGAAGAAGCGACGGCGAACCAGGCGGAAGAACAGACGUUGAUGCCUCGUAAACGGAGGGCCAAGGAUAUCUGUGUGAAAUGUCGUACGGAGAAGGGACAGAUCGUCAGGCUCAGUAUCACUUAUUGCAAGAAAUGUUUUUACAACGCCACCUACCUCCGACUAGCCAAGAAUAUCAACCUCGCUAUCACCUCCACACCCAUACCCAUACCCACAACCUCCUCCUCCUCCUCCUCCUCCUCCUCCUUUUCUCCUCUUACCACCAACUCUACCACCACUACUACGAAUCCUCCAUCCCGCACUCCGAACGCUCAUAACAGCCAUAUACCUAAAACACCCACUCCAGGCCGCCCGCCCCUCCAACCGGGGGACCUCUUAAUCGGCCUGUCGGGCGGGGCGGGGAGCUUAGCUAUGUUAGACCUGCUCUUGCAGAACGGGUUUGUCGGAGAUCGAGAUUCGGAGACCAAGAGCCAGGGACAGGGGGGACAGGGGGGGACGAGACAUGUAAAGAGGUUCACGUGGAGGCAUUGUUGGGUCGUCCAUGUGGAUUUCAGUGGGGUGCUCGAUAAGGUACACGACCGCACCGCCUCCCUAAAAGCCCAGAUCGAUUCCUACAAAUCACCGUACCUCACCUUCGUCCCGCUCAAGAUCCAGGAUGUUUAUGAUGAUCGGAUACCGGGGUUGUUGGCUGGUCUAAGGAGGGGGAGUGUAUGGGCACCUCAGGGAGAAGUGCGGGCGGAUGCAGGGGAUGUGAGGGGUGCGGGGGAUGCGGGGUUGAAGGUGGAUCUAGGCAGAGCAGAUAUUCCUAUUCUCAGCGACACGACACCAAAAUCCACACUCAACUCGACCGUUUCAAAGCCCCUGGAAACGCUCCGAUCCCUCCUAUCCACUCUCCCUUCCUCGUCCCACCCACACCUGCUCCAAACGCUCCUCCAGACCCUUCUACAGACGACAGCGUACAACCUACCGAACAUCUCGCACCUCUUGUUGGGGGGUACUUCUACCCGACAAGCGGUAGGUAUCAUCAGCGGGACUUCUGUCGGACGAGGAUGGUCCUUGGGGUCCGAACUCGCGCUAUCCGGCUUCCUCCCUGAUCCGGCGGACUCGUCCGCACCGACCCAAGCGAAGAAUGGGAAUGAGAACGCUGGCGGUGGUGUUAAGGGACGGAUCGCGAGGAUAAAGCCGAUGAGGGACGUCAUGGUCAAAGAGGCCGCUUAUCACUGUCACACGAGAGGGAUCGAGACGUACAAUUUCCGAGGAUGGGAUACGUUCGAAGGGUCUGCGCAGGUGAAUGGUGGAGCGAGGAAGGUCGUCGUUGGGGAGGCUAGGGGGAAGGGAGGGGUGAGGAGUUUGGAGAAGCUUACGGAAGAUUUCGUCUUCAACCUGGACGUGGAUCAUCCUUCGACCGUAUCGACGAUAACGAGGACGGGGUCCAAGUUGGUCUUCAAGGGGUACGGCGGGUUGGAGGUCGACAAGCAGCAACAUGCGAAUGGAAGCGGAAAGGGUAAGACCAAAGAGUGGGGGAUCUGUCCGUUUUGUGGAUGUCCGGAAGAACCGAGUGCGCUGGAAUGGAAAGCCCGGACAGCCUUGACUUCGCUCGGUCGCACGGGACCCGCCGCAGCUGACACCGAGGCUUCGUCCGGCAAAGCGGUCGACGUCGCUGAGGAAGCGGUGAAACGGACCAUGCACCGGGGUCGGGAUACCCCCGCAGAUCAGAUGGAAGCGCAGACCGAAGUGGCGAGCCUGGCUGAACGGAUGUGUUAUGCCUGUCUGACGGCGUUCUCGAACGGGACGUCUGGGUUGAGAAAAAAGGGGGACGAUCCCGAUGGAGAGCGGUUCGAGGUAGAGUUGCCUUACUGGGUUACGAGACGCAUGCGAGUGCAUGCAAGUGAUGGCGACGGGGUGGAUGGGGAACCGGACGAGGUGGUCGCUACGGGUGAGAUGGGGAGGGACGAGAUGAAGGCUGUCGUUGGCGAGUUCUUGAUCGACGAGGACGAGGAUGCGUGAUGCUUGAUACGAGGGUUGUACGAUAUAUGCCCCUAGGAUCGGUUCACGUCGAGUCUGACCCCUGGCGAUCGAUAAUUAUGACGAUUGCAUCGCUUGAACUAACUUUGUACAUUACCUGACUACUUGAAGAACAUGCCAU